AUGGCACCCCGUGCAAGAAACCCGAGAUCGCUGGGAGAGGUGACCGAACUGAUCGCGAUCAUCCUCUCCUUCCUCGACAACCGUUCUCUUGCGCGAUCCGCACGCGUCAGCAGAAAGUGGUCAGAGAUCGCGCUCGACAUACUGUGGCGCGAGGUAGAUGAUCUACACCGGCUAUUCAGCACGCUCUGCCCGUUUGCGAAGCCAAUGAAGAAGAUGGGCGAGGGAGGGCGUAUGUUGCAGUCAUUCAAAUAUAAACGUAAUAUCUCGAAACAGGACUGGCAACGGUUCGCUCGCUACUCGACGCGCGUGCGCCGUCUCGUUUUCAAUGAACGCUCUCCGAAGUAUCGGACGAAGGUCAUUGACAACUCGGUGUUCUUCCUCACCUCACAAACGCGUCCCCUAGCCGGGAUCCUUCCGAACCUUCAGACGUUCGUCUGGCAUGUCCAUAACCCGGACACGCAGCUCCAGUCGAUGAGCCUUAUGCACGAGUGCAUACGAGCAUUCGACGUGCAGAUCCUUCCCCGAGGUAGCCAUUCGACCCAGGAAAUCGACUUCAUAUGGCAGAUCGGUGCGCGGAUGCCGAACCUCACCCAUCUGACACUGCGCCGUCGAGGGCCCGUCCGAGAGCUCGAGAAAGAUAUCUGUCGCCUUCAUCAUGGAGGAGUGUCGCGCUUGAAGGACCUACAAGAGAUCGCCCUCACAGGGCCAGACGAAGGCGGCAUGGGAGAUUCGACGGAUGUCGUGGGCUUCUCUCCUGCGCUGCAGGACGGCGCUUUCCCUGUUCUUCGGCGGCUGAGCUUCAGUGCCCUUUUACCGGCCGCGACAGAAUUCAUCGAGUCCCAUUCUUCCCUCCCAAGCUCACUCGACUCUACAUUGGUCGAACUCACCGUCGACUUCAUCAUAUGCCCGACUGUCCCUCUCACCGUCCCAGCCCCUGACAUGGAUGCGCGCCCGAGUAUCGCCACCUUCCGACCUCUCUUCGCCUGCAGACGCAUAACGUCCUUCGAGUUUCGAUGGGACUACCCCCUUCACUUGCAGGACGACGACAUGGAGGAAUUUUCCCUCGCAUGGCCAGGGCUAGAACAUCUCAUGCUCAACAGCGAGGCCGUCAUCGAGUUCACAUCCUCCGCACUGACACUGGGAGCUCUCGUUCCCUUCGCGAAUCACUGCCCCCGCCUGCGCCAUCUCGGCCUCUACCUCAACGCCGACGCUCCACCUUCCAGGAUGGUCGACCAGCCGUUCAGAUCGCUCCAAAAGCUGUCCGUCGGCGCCUCAAGUAUCACCGCCGCGGAUGCCGUCGCCUUGUUCCUCAGCCAGCUCUGCUCACCGAUCUGCCAGAUCGUGUCGGGGCUGCGUUGGCCAGAUGCGUAUGGCCUCGCGCUGGAUAACGCCGGGAUCUUUGACGAACGGCGCACGAUGAUCUGUGAUUUUGGGGAAGAGAGGGGCCGUGUUGCUUUUCUCCAGCGCGAGACUGGCUAG